GGCAGCUGCGUGGGCACCCAGCACGUAUGUGCAUGCUCAGCACACGCCUGCGUGCCAAGCACAUGCGUGCACACACAUGAACGCUGCCUGACCACCAUCCCUGAACACCCGUAAAGGCAGCCCAAAGGGGGAACCUGCGAGCGCCUCCAUGCACCCCGAGCCAGCCCUGGCGUGCUCAGUGCCAGACACGCCGUGGCCACGCGUGUGUGUGUGCAUGGCCCGGCCCCGUCUCGGGGCGGUGUUGACGGUGCCGGGACGGGACGGCUGCGUCGAGGAGCGGUGGACACCAUGGUCUCAGGGGGCCCUGGCUGGUGCCUACUGGUGGGGCUCUGCACCCUCAUCCCUGGCACCACACAGCAGGGACCAGAAGAAGAUGUGACCCCCAGUGUUGGGCUGGAGGAAUUGGGGUACCACAUCUCCCAGGAUGGGGACCCCCUCCAGGACUCCCAGCACUGUGGCAUCACCUUCCACACCCCCAGCCCCUGCAGCCCCCGAGGGCCCACAGCCUUCGCCUCUCGCAGUGAGCUGGAUCACCUCAAGAGCCUCUUGCAGAACACCAAGGCCAGCCUGAAGGAUGUGGAGAUGGCGGCCAUGCUGGAGGAGAACCAGACCCGCUACCAGGACAUCAUCACCGACGCGCUGCCUGCCAUCCAUGAGGCCAACCUGGAAUUUCAGGAAAGCCUGGAUAAUGUCCGGAGGGAGCUGGAGGCUCAUGUGGCCGAGGCUGAUCAUCCACAGACAGCUGAGAAGAAGGAGAAGCUGCGGAAGGGUGUCCGUGUGGUGGCACACAUGCUGCGCCUCACCAGCCGCCUGGCCCAGACCCUCGAUGCUGCCUCACAGCGCCUCGAUGCUGAGCUCAGCCAGCGCCUGCAGAGCUCGGCUGCCACCGCCACCGAGCCCUAGGGCAGCAGGGACGGGCUCCACCGUCACCCUGCCUAUGGCCUUGCUUGCUGGUAGGACCCCAACCCUCAGCUCCAUGGCUCCUGGGGUGUCCUGGCUCCUCUCCGCAGCACCAGGGGCUGAGGUGUUGCCCGGAAUGUUUGCAGAGUGGUCUGGGUGCUGGAGCUGGCAGCGCUGGGAUGGGACAGGAGGCUGCUGCCCGCUGCGGGAUGUAUCGCACAUAAAAUGCCACUGCAUGCGUGAUGAUGCCUGUAA